AUGAUACAACAAAGAAAACCAAGUAUUGUAACAAUUUCGCAUCUUCGUCGCCAUCGUUCAUUUGAUAAAAAACAUAAACAUUCAUCAAUUAAAAAACAACGAUCAAAUACCAUCAUCCAUGUAGCUCUUGGCUUAUCGAGAGAUAUUUAUGCAACAAAUACUAAAAAAAUUUUACAUGAACAAAUUCCAGCUAGGAUAAACAAUCAUCAGUAUCAAGAAAAAGAAACAAAAUCAGCAAUUAUCCAAAAUCCAAUACAAUAUGAAAAAAGAUUCAUACAUUCUAAUAAUGAUAUUAACAUUCAUCAAUAUUAUCGUUCUCUUUCACAAAUAAAGAAAAGUGCUAAUGUAACAAAGCAAUCAUCGUCACAACUUAAUAAUUCAACGAAAACUCAAACUGAUCAAGAUUCAAAUAUUAAUAGAAGUUCAAAAAUUAAGAGCCGUUUAUUAAGAUCUUUCAAAGUGUUCCCUCGUGAGGAUGUUAGUAUUGGUCAUACCUGGUUAGAUGGAAAAGGUAUGACCGAAGAUUAUCAUCGACAACAUAAAACAAAUAAAAAGACAAAAUUACUAUUAUGUUCACGUCGAUGCAUCCUUUUAUCUUUACUUACGACUCUACUUGUUGUUUUAAUCAUUAUUACUAUUCUACUCAUUCUUUUGAUUAAGCCUAAAUCAGAAACAACAAGAACUGAUAUACCUGUACUUCGUUGGAAUUCGACAUGUAUUACUGUCGCUGGCAUUACUAAUAAUCCUGGUAAUGCAGAUAAUCAACUUAAUGAUCCUAUAGAUAUAACAUUGGAUUAUGAACAUAAUCUCUAUAUUGCUGAUUACAACAAUCAUAGAAUUCAAAAAUAUUUAUUUGGUGUUUUAACUGGUCAGACAGUAGCUGGAAAUGGAACAUCUGGCUCAUCGCAGUAUCAACUGCAUUUUCCAUUACGAGUGAUAGUUGAUUCGAAUGAAAAUCUUUAUAUAUCAGAUGGAUCUAAUGCACGGGUUCAAUACUGGUCUAAGGGUGCUGUUUCAGGAACAACACUUGCUGGUAAAACAGGUAAAACAAAAAUAAUAAUAGAUAUAUUCUUUUGA